AUGAGUGACCGAUACACCAGACAUACACGACCAAGGUCACCAACUUACAAUCCUGCGCGGGCAAGUCUCCCAGUUGACUUGUCAUACAACAAUCAUUCCUCGGGAUCACAUUCUCACCAUCAUCAUGUCGUACCCUUAUCUCGACACGAAAACCCUCGAAGCAGCAGCUCAAGCUUUAAUUCUUCCAAUGUUCCGAUUACUACCACAACAUACAAAGUCAAACCCGAUCAUCGUUCUGGUAGUCGCACUCGUAGCAAUACGGUUGAUUCUCGACCUAAUGCUCAUACCAUUUUCACCUCAAUUCCAAAGCAUCCAACCGUUGUUCAUACUUCGAGUGUGAGACCUGCCAGUCCAUCCAUCAAGAAUCCAUAUCGCUCUAGCCAAGAGGAAUAUUAUACAAUUCCAGCUUCAUCUCGAAACGAUAGAAGUUCUCACCACCACAACAGAUAUAGUGCUUCUAUGGAUAAUGCCGAUGUGAGCAGAUUGACCAGAGAAUCCCAAGGACACAGAGAACCAAGCCAUCUUCGAAUUGGUAUUCCUGGUAGCAGAGACAUUCCAGCGUAUGUUCCUACCCCAACAACUUCUUCAACAUACAUACCUACCCCAAUAACUGCAUCAACGUAUACCCCACUAUCCACUCCAGCAUACGCAACAACAACAACCACUAUUACGAAACCUCGAGGACCAGUCUACACAGGCAACUUGGUACGACACCCUGAUACCGUUGCGGAUGAUUAUGGCGAGGAUGGAUAUGGAUAUACAAAUCCCAAGGAUUUGGUUCAGUACGAUUUAAACAAUAGCAACCCAAGACAUUCCCGUAGGGACAGUUUUGAUACUAGAUCAGCCAGACCAUCUAGUGCUAGCAUGGCGGGUUCCACUGUUUUUGGUGAGACUGUUCAGUCCCCAAGAUCUUAUGAUACGAGGGAGCGCGGUCCACCACCAUCUACUCGUGGAUUUGACAGAAUUCAAUCAUGGGAUACUCAACCAGCCGCCGUUCGAAUGCCCGUUCCUCAUGUCGCACCUAUUGAACCAGUUCAGCGCCCGAUGCGCAUGGAUCCACCUGCGGGAUAUGAGAGUGAAGGAUCUCAACGACGAACUUCCACCAGGCGACCAGUUUCUACGUACCAAGAGAGAGAUAUCAGGCAUCCCCCUAGAGAUGAAUACUAUGGAUCACGAGAUGAAGAAAUGCGAGAGCGAAGACCACAACAUAGACAUGAGAGAUAUGACGAUACUGUUGAGCAACGUGGUUUUGGAUUGCGUCCCGAGAGAACAGAAAGACCAGUCAGUCGAAACGAGAGAUUAGAAAGACCGGCCAGUCGAGCCGAAAGAUCAGAAAGACCAGCUAGUAGGGCAGAAAGGACAGAGAGAAGUGAGAGAAGUGAGAGACACGAAAGAUCCGAUAGACACGAUAGAUCCCCAAGAAAUGAACGUGAGGAGGAUCGCCGCGAGAAGAAGUCUAGUACCCAUGAGAAGAUUGCAACAGGACUUAGCAUUGCUUCUGCUGCUCUUGGUCUGGGAGCCAUGGCAAAUACUAUGAUGCCCGAUGACCGUGAUGAUAGAGAUGAUGAAAGAAGACGCAAGGAUUACAGCGAUGAUUCACGCAGAAGACGUGAACGUGUUGAUUCUCGGGAUUCCUCUGAAUCUGAUAAGCCAGAUCGCAAGGAAAGGAGGGAAAGAAUGCAUCACGACGGGAGAGAAUCUAAUGAAUCAAUCGGUAGAGAACCCAAAGAGAGAGCUCACAGAGAUAAAGGUGAAGUUACACCACCAUUACCUCCACGCCCUCGCGAAGAAGAAGAUUUACCUCAACCGAGAAAAGAAACAAGUCGAGAAGAAAUUUCUCCCGAUCCACAUGACGUUGCUAGAGAUGGCAAAGAUAGACGAUCGCCAGAAAACGAUUUUGUCGACUUGACCGGUCGCAAUCCUAAGGAAAAACUAAAUUCGCAAGAUGAUCGUCCUCGUAGUGACGUAGCAUCAACCGGUGCUACUCAGGAUAUUCAUUCAGACACCUCGGAUGAAGGAACAAAUCAUCAUCGAAGACCUAGACGUAUAUCUGGAGCUUCAAGCGCACCAUUCAAUCCUAGAGAUACUAUGGACCUGAAAGCAUUGAAAGCUGCACUUGCUGAUCAAGAUCCUCCUGCUGAUAAGGAGCCUGUACCAGUAUUGGCUCCUAAACAAUCCGCUCAAGAACCUACUUUGGCACCAGCCAGUAAGCCACUUGGGAGAAGAUCGAUCACCAAAGAUAUGACUGAGGUAGCAGAAUUGAGAGCUGAACUCAACCGUGAAGAGCGAGGUCGACGUGAACCAUUAGCACCUACAACAGGUGAAAAUAAACAACUUCGAGUUGUUUCACCGCCAAGGGAGAAAGUUGAGGAGAAACCUGAAAAACCUGCCAUCAAGGGUAUUUUAAGACAACCACGUGAGAAGUUUCCCGAGGAUCCUGCUCCAAUUCGUGAAGGUGUUGCUCCGUUGAAAGAUGCCAAGAAAGAUGGUGUACCUCCAGAUGCACGUUGGACUAAGAUUGCCAGAAAGUUGGUCAAUCCAGCUGCAUUAGAAGUUGGAAAGGAAAGAUUUGAAGCUAGGGAUGACUUUGUGAUUGUACUUAGGGUUUUGAGUCGUGAAGAAAUUCAAGCUUACGCUACUGCUACUCAACAAAUUCGAGCUGCUAGAGAAGAAAGGGAAGAAGAAGCAGAUCGUGCUCGUCGUCGUGCAAAACGUGAAAAUCGCGAAAGACGUAAUCGUAAAAGAGAAGAACAUGGUCGAAGUCGUCAUCAUCAUAGUGAAUCCGAUACUUCUGAAUCAUAUGAGGAUGAUAGACCAAGAAUGUUAGAAGCUGCUCCACCUGGAUCUAGUAGGCGAGCUAUAUUUGGAGAUGAUGCUUUAAUGAGUGGUGGAUAUAGUUCUGAAAGGGAUAGAGUUGAGAUUGGAAGAUGA